UUCCUGGUCCGACCUUCUCAUAUAAAUACGCAGGGUUACAAGACAAGAGUUCGUCAGAAAAUACGAACCCAAUGAUUCCUAUAUGUCCAGUGGUCUCCUUCACCUAUGUGCCCAGCCGGCUUGGUGAAGAUGCCAAAAUGGCUACCGGCAACUACUUUGGAUUUACCCACGGUGGUGCUGCACAGUACAGACACUUGACUGCUAUUCAACCAGAUUUUCCACAUGGAUCGAACUGUUGCUUCUGUCAGCAGCCAGCUGCGGGGGUGGCCUACACCCACCCUACCACCGUGGCCAGCUACACCGUACACCAGGCACCGAUGGCAGCCCACUCCGUGGCAGCAGCCUACGCUCCCACCGGCGCCACAGUCGCCGUAGCCAGGCCUGCCCCUGUCGCCGUGGCAGCAGCAGCCACUGCCGCAGCCUACGGAGGGUACCAGGCGGCGCACGCCACCGCUGACUACGGCUACGCACGCCAGCCGGACGUCCCCCCGCCGCCCCCCCCUGUCACGUCCCAGAACUACCAGGUAGGAUACCAGGAUUCCUACUCCUACGUACGGUCCACGGCCCCAGCGGUAACCUACGACCCCAAGCAGUACUACCAGCAACCCGUAGCUAGCUCUGCGGUAGCCGCUGCGGUGGCCGUACAGCCCCAACCCACAGCCGAGUCCUACUACCAGACCGCCUCCCUUAACACCUCCUGGGACACCACGUGGAAGAAAUCCCUACCAGCCCCGAAGACAGGCUACAGCCAGGCCAGUCUGACCCCCUACACCCAGACGCAACAGUCUCGUCAGGUGACGGCCAUCAAGCCUGUCACUCCCUCCCCAGCUUCUUCCACAUUCUCCAUUUACCCCGUGUCCACUGUACAGCCUGUGGCUGCCGUCGCCUCCGUCGUCCCCUCCUACUCUCAGAGCCCCACCUACUCCACCAACGCGGUCACGUACUCUGGUAAGCACGACAUGCAAGCCGUAACCAGCAUGCACUACCUGCCAACUACCUACUCAACCAACGCAGUCACGUACUCCCAGAGUCCUACGUAUAGUACCAACCCCGUCGCCUACUCUGGUACGUCGUACUCGGGCUACGAGGCUGCGGUGUACUCUGCUGCUUCUACCUACUACCAGCAACAACAGCAGCAGCAGAAACAGGCUGUGGCGGCUGUCGCAGCUUCAGCAGCCUGGACAGGCAGCUCCUUCACCAAGAAACCUCCCUUCCAGAGCAAGCAGCUGAAACCCAAGCAGCCCCCCAAACCACCACAGAUCCACUACUGUGAUGUCUGCAAGAUCAGCUGCGCAGGGCCCCAGACCUACAAGGAGCACCUGGAGGGCCAGAAGCACAAGAAGAAGGAGGUGGCCCUGAAAGUCUCACAGAGCAGCAGCAGCAGCAGUAGUGGAGGUGGAGGAGGCUCAGCCCGGGGGACUCAGAACCAGCUCCGCUGUGAGCUCUGUGACGUCUCCUGCACCGGGGCAGAUGCAUACGCUGCACACAUCCGAGGAGCCAAGCACCAGAAGGUGGUGAAGCUCCACACCAAGCUGGGGAAGCCCAUCCCUUCCACAGAACCAAGUGUAGUGACCCAAACCUCCACGACCUCCUCCUCCAAGACUCCUGUCUCCUCCUCUACCACCCCCACAGGCUCCACCUCCAACUCCUCCUACCUGAAGCCGGUUAACAUCGUGAGCCAGGGUGGUGCGGGGGCCGGACUGGGGAAGGGUCUAGUGGGGAACAACCUAUCAGCAGCCAAUGCCACCACAGCUGUCAAGAAGGUCAACACCCCCAAGAUCAACUUUGUCGGGGGAAACAAGCUCCAGACUACCGGGAAGGUGGAGACAUCCAAGCCUCCUCCGCCCUCAUUGGUCCCCCAACCUCAGGAGACAAAGAACGAGUCCUCUGAUUCGCUGUCUACCCUGGCCGCCUUGCAGAAUGACGUGCAGCCCGUUGGACACGACUAUGUGGAAGAGGUGCGUAACGACGAAGGCAAGGUGAUCCGGUUCCAUUGUAAGCUGUGUGAAUGCAGCUUCAACGAUCCCAACGCCAAAGAGAUGCAUCUGAAGGGCAGGAGACACCGCCUGCAGUAUAAGAAAAAGGUGAACCCGGAGCUACAGGUGGAGGUGAAGCCCUCUAUCAGAGCCAGGAAGAUCCAGGAAGAGAAGAUGAGGAAACAGAUUCAGAAGGAGGAAUACUGGAGGAGGAGAGAGGAAGAGGAGAGAUGGAGGAUGGAGAUGAGGUACGGCGAGAUAGGACGUUAUGAGGAGGAGAUGUACUGGCGUCGUAUGGAGGAGCAGCACCACUGGGACGACAGACGUGGGGGCCCCAGGAUGCCAGGGGACGGACCAUACCUCCAGGGGACCCCUGGCCCACCUGGUCUACUGGGGGUUCGGCCUGGCAUGCCCAUCCCUCAGCCACAGGGACCUGUGCCUCCCCGUCGGCCGGACUCCUCAGACGACCGUUACGUGAUGACGAAGCACGCGACCAUCUACCCCUCUGAGGACGAGCUGCAGGCCAUCCAGAAGAUCGUCUCUAUCACAGAGAGAGCCCUCAAACUGGUCUCAGACAUCAUCAUCGACCAGGACAAGACCAAGGAGACUACUGGGGAGGACAAGGAUACAAAAGAGGUUCCCAAGACUCCCCAAGACCGAGCUCUGAAGGGGGUGAUGAGGGUGGGGGUCCUGGCUAAAGGACUGCUGCUCUGUGGAGACAACAAUGUCAACCUGGUCCUGCUUUGCUCAGAGAAACCCACCAAGAACCUGCUAAGCCGCAUAGUGGAGCAUCUUCCCAAGCAGCUGACGGUGGUGACCCCAGAGAAGUACGAGGUGAAGGGUUCCAUCGAGAACUGUUCCAUCAUCCUGACGUCAGAAGCCGACCCCAAAAUGACAGUCACCAUCACCCUGACCUCCCCCAGCAUCCGAGAGGAGGAGGAGACCCCUACCACACCCCCGCCACGGGACGGAGAUGUAACCUUGGUGAAAGACCCAGAGGACGUCUUGGACAGGCUAAAAUGCCUUGCCGCUCUGGCGGCUCUGCGGCACGCUAAGUGGUUCCAGGCUAGAGCGAACGGACUCCAAUCCUGUGUGAUUGUUAUUCGUAUCCUGCGUGACCUCUGUCAGAGGGUCCCCACAUGGUCCGCCUUCCCCAGCUGGGCCAUGGAGCUGUUGGUAGAGAAGACCAUUAGCAGUGCCUCUGGCCCCCUGAGCCCAGGCGACGCACUGAGACGAGUCUUUGAAUGUAUUUCUUCUGGGAUUCUGCUACCCGGUGGCCCGGGAUUGGUCGACCCGUGUGAGAAGAACCCCACUGAUACCCUGACAGCCAUGGAGGAGCAACACAGAGAGGACAUCACCUCAAGUGCCCAGUUUGCUCUGCGGCUGCUAGCCUUCCGUCAGAUCCACAAGGUGCUGGGCAUGGACCCACUGCCCCAGAUGAAACCCCGCUUCAACGUCUGCACCAACCGCAAACGUCGCCGUGACAACAGCGACGGAACGGACGGAUUCGAGGGUGAAGGGAAGAAGGACAAGAAGGAUUUCGACAGCAGCUGCUAGGACCUGCCCCCCCCCCCCCCUCUCUCUCCACCACCCCACCACCCCAAUUCAUUUAAAGUUGUGUGUGUGUGUGGCCACGUUUCAGGCUGGCUACAUUGCAUUCACCUGCCGGAAUCUCACGACACCUGGAUGUGUGUUUUUAAGAUGAGCGCUAACCAUAAUCAUAUAGCACUCUGAUGAUGGAUUGCACAGGCAAUAACGUGGCGUGCAACCAUUGGUUGAUGCCUGCACUGCAAUGUAGUCUGCCUGGAACGAGCCCUAUGUACUUCUGGUACCUACAGGUGGGUUUGUGUAAAUGCUCAAGACCAACAUCGGACAGGGCCUGGUCCUGUAAGCCAUGAGUAAAUCAGGGUUGUAUUCAUUUGGGCACGUAACAGAAUGUUUUUAAACAUUUUGCAAUGGGGGGGGGGGAAGAAAACAACUGAGCAUUUCUAUUGUCAGUCCGUUUUCUUCCUUUUUGGUCCCAAAUGAAUACGACCCAGGCUUGACUGAAUAGGCCUAAUGCAGUACCCAGUUUGUCCACGAUGUUCUGUUUUGGUAGUGAUUUGAUAUGACCUGUGGUUGGGACCUAUAAACAUCUCCUUCCUAGCUGAUUCUAUUUCCCCAGUAGAAGUUACCACGACAACGGGGCUUCCUUUUCCUUCUCCUUUUUAGACUUAUUGUCUGUCUUUGUUGAUGUUAUUUUGUGUUACAGACUUUCCAGUCUUUUUCCGAGUUCCCGAAAACGUAAACUAGAGUGAGAUCUCUUUUUUUUGUUCCAGUUGUUGAUUUUAGAUCAGGAAGAUCUACGGUAAAUGUUGAUGCAUCACAUGCAUGUUAUUUCUAGUUGCAUAUAUUCAGUGUUGGCUGUUUUGUAGUACAUUUAAAUACCCAUUUAUGAAGCACAUAAUUGGAUCAGUCACCAGUAAAUGUUUUAUUUUCCUAUGAGCUGUCAUUUUGAAUAUGCUCUUCUUUUUAAGUGUCAUGAUGCUUGUUAAAAGUAGCGUAAAAGCUACAGUCUUGUCCCAUUUUUGUUGUUUUGUUAUGGCCAGACUGCAACGUGUUCUAGUGUUUAACACAGGCUCCUUAACUGUGGUGUUUGUACUACAUUUCUGAGGAAAACACUGAUUCCUAAUUUGUUGUUUUGAACGUAGCUCUCUCUAAUAUAUAUAUCUAUAUAUAUAUCGAUGAUAAUCUUGCAAUAGAUCAUUGUUUUAGUUUGGAAGAACUCACUUUCAGAUUUUGUUAUUUUGGCUUUUAACAUUUUGGUUUAACAUAAUGGGACAUUUGUUGGCUUGCCCCAAAUCUAGGUUUAACGCUGCGUACAUAUAGUUCAUUUGAAUAAUGUAUAGAAAUUGAAAAACCGAUUGGAUUAAAAAAAGACGAGCGUAACGUUGUUGUUUUAAACGUAGAUCCAUUUAAUGUUUGACUGUCAGCCUGUCUCUGCCUGCCGCUCUCUGCCUCUCCCUCUCUCUCGGUCUCUCUGCCUCUCUCCCUCUGUCUGCCUGCCACUCCCUCUCUGCCUGCCACUCCCUCUCUGCCUGCCUCUCCCUCUCUGCCUGCCUCUCCCUCUCUGUCAGCCUGUCUCUGCCUGCCUCUCCCUCUCUGUCAGCCUGUCUCUGCCUGCCUCUCUCUCUCUGUCUGCCUCUCUCUGUCUGCCUCUGCCUCUCUGUCUGCCUCUCUCUGCCUCUCUGCCUCUCCCUCUCUGCCUGCCUCUCUCUCCCUCUCUGCCUCUCCCUCUCUGCCUGCCUCUCUCUCCCUCUCUGCCUCUCCCUCUCUGCCUGCCUCUCUCUCCCUCUCUGCCUCUCUCUCCCUCUCUGCCUGCCUCUCUCUCCCUCUCUCUCUGCCUGCCUCUCUCUCUGCCUGCCUCUCCCUCUCUGCCUGCCUCUCCCUGCCUGCCUCUCCCUGCCUGCCUCUGCCUCUCCCUCUCUGCCUCUCCCUCUCUGCCUCUCUGUCUGUCCCUCUCUGCCUGCCUCUCUCUGCCUCUCUGUCUGCCCCUCUCUGUCUGCCUCUCUCUGCCUCUCUGUCUGCCCCUCUCUGCCUGCCUCUCUCUGCCUCUCUGCCUGCCUCUCUCUCCCUCUCUGCCUCUCCCUCUCUGCCUGCCUCUCCCUCUGUCUGCCGCUCUCUCGGUCUGUCUGCUUCUCUCUCAAUUCAAGGUGUUUUCUUGGCAUGGGAAACAUAUGUUUACAUUGCCAAAGCAAGUGAAGUUGAUAAACAAAAGUUCUCUCUCUCUCUCCUCCCUUCUCGUCGGUCUCUCGUGUGCUGCCUGUCAGUCAGCCUUUCGUGCUCGCUCUGUGCCUGUUUGUCUGUCUGUCUGUCUGUCUUAGUACCUCCACUUUACCAUGGUCGGAAUAAAGACAUUUCCUGAAUGAAGGACUUCUGGA